CAAAGCUAGUCCGAGCCGUAUGCGACGCAGAUCACCCGCAAGAACACGGCGAAUCGCGGGGUCGAAGUCGACGAUCUCUCUCCGGUCGUUCGAAGAAGGAGGAAGAAGAAGAAGGAGCGAAGCGAUACGCGAGCGAUUCCGUGCGGUCGAGCGCGAUGCAGUGGUACUCCGUCGCCGCCCUCCUCACCGUCCUCACCAGUUCUCAGGGAAUUUUGACGACACUAUCUCAAAGUAAUGGGGGUUAUAAAUAUGAUUAUGCAACCGUUCCAUUUCUAGCUGAAGCUUUCAAGCUAGCUGUAUCUAGUUUGCUACUCUGGCGAGAAAUUAGGACAUCUCCUUCUAUGAGGAUGACCACAGACUGGAGAAGUGUGCGCUUAUAUCCUAUUCCUUCGAUCAUAUAUCUGAUCCACAAUAAUGUUCAGUUUGCCACGCUGACUUAUGUGGACACAUCCACGUAUCAGAUAAUGGGUAACCUGAAGAUUGUUACUACAGGGAUAUUAUUCAGGUUGUUCCUGAGAAGGAAGCUCACCAAUUUGCAAUGGAUGGCGAUUGUUCUAUUAGCUGUUGGGACAACCACAAGCCAGGUUAAAGGUUGUGGAGAAGCCUCAUGCGAAUCUUUGUUCUCAGCACCAAUCCAAGGGUACAUGCUUGGAAUUUUAUCUGCAUGUAUGUCAGCAUUAGCCGGCGUCUACACAGAGUUUCUGAUGAAGAAGAACAAUGAUAGUUUGUAUUGGCAGAAUGUACAGUUAUAUACAUUCGGUGUGAUCUUCAACAUGGCACGACUUCUCUUGGAUGAUUUUCAAGGGGGCUUUGAAAAGGGCCCUUGGUGGCAACGGCUUUUUGAUGGAUAUACCAUUACAACUUGGAUGGUGGUAUUGAACCUGGGCUCGACUGGUUUGCUGGUUUCGUGGUUGAUGAAGUAUGCAGACAACAUUGUGAAGGUUUAUUCUACGUCAAUGGCAAUGCUGCUGACAAUGGUUCUUUCCAUUUAUCUUUUCAACUUUAAGCCUACACUGCAACUUUUCUUGGGUAUCAUUAUCUGUAUGAUGUCGCUGCACAUGUACUUUGCUCCUCCAACUAUGCUUGUUGAUUAUCCUCCAAAUGCAAAAGCAGCUCCUGAAAAUCUGAAAGAGAUAACCAUUGAGCGAAAGAGUGAUUCAUGAUGCAAUGCCAAGGCCAUCACAGGUGAUAAAUGACAUUUUAUCAAGUAGUCAUCUGAAAGGAACAGCUGAUUUCAGUCCUUCCUCGCAACGUUCUAUUUGGCAUAUAAAAGGGUAAUGCUUUUGCAAAGCACACUUGAGGACAUGUACAUACUCCUGCGGUUGCUGCUGGAAGUAGAGUGAAAUGCACUCACGAGAAAGCUACAACACGGUCCUCGUGUGAAAAACUAACUUUUGAUCUGUCUGUCAAUGUUAUUGUGUAGAAGUUUCGGACCACAGUUGCAUGCAGUUUCUGGCUUAUAGCCAAAAGCAAUAGCCUAGUACACAAUCUGUGCCAAUUUUUCUUAGCAGACGCUCAAAACUAAGAUUCUUUAUUCUUCUUAUACAUUGAUUUUGCAAUAUACAGAUGUUACGGUCGCGUCAUUUCCAA